UGGGCGUCUAAGACGCGUGUACGGACGCGUCAGUCAAGCUGCUCUCGUUCACCUAACACUUUCGUUUCAAUUGCGCCCUUUCUGUAUAACCCCGUCUCGUUCUUACAUACCCACUACACAACGACAUGGCCAGUGCAGGAGGUGGAGCAUACAGUUACUCCCUCACAGUCUUCUCCCCGAGUGGAAAGCUCGUCCAGAUCGAACAUGCCCUCGCCGCCGUUUCGCAAGGGACAACAAGUUUGGGGAUUAAAGCUUCAAAUGGCAUCGUGAUCGCCACCGAGAAGAAGUCCUCAUCUAUCCUCAUGGACGACUCUAUGAUCGAGAAGGUGGCUGUCGUGUGUCCAAACAUUGGCCUCGUAUACUCUGGAAUGGGACCCGACUUUCGGCUACUUGUGACGAAAGCGAGGAAGAGUGCCCAAGCAUAUUGGAAGAUCCACGGCGAGUAUCCACCAACAAAGGUACUGACGCAAGAAAUUGCUACGAUCAUGCAGGAAGCAACACAAUCAGGAGGUGUUCGACCAUAUGGUGUAUCGCUGCUUGUCGCAGGCUGGGAUAUUACUCGGGGUCCUAGUCUAUAUCAAGUCGAUCCAUCAGGGUCCUUCUGGGCAUGGAAGGCUAGCGCUAUCGGAAAGAACAUGGUCAACGCGAAGACCUUCCUGGAGAAACGAUACAAUGACGACAUCAGCUUAGAGGACGCAAUCCACACCGCACUCCUGACUUUGAAGGAGGGUUUCGAAGGUCAAAUGACUGAGAAAACCAUAGAGAUUGGCAUCAUCACUGUGCCUAGUCUGGAAGAACUCGAGGCUGGUAAGGUCGAGGGGACAGGUCGUUACAAACCUACCUUUAGGAAACUGUCGGAAGAGGAGAUCCGAGACUACCUUGCAUUGUAAACAUGUCAUGAUGCUUGUUCGCGCUGUACGUAUAUUGUGGGCCCAAGAUGGCCUUUUGACCACGGUCCGAUCUACUGAAAACGGAGAAUAGCAAGGAUGAUCAUCUAGAAUGCUUGUCAUCUUCCAUGAUAGAAGGCUCUACUAAAAUUGAGCAGAAGCUUAUAAGUAUAGUCCAUUAAGUAUAGUUUAUUGUUACAGCAUCAUGAUGCAAUGGUUACUUGUAAUCUGUCAUAUCUCUCGUUCAGGAACUUCCACUGACUUCCGUGUGUCCUCCAUCUAUGGAUAUUUUCUACGUACAAAAGGAGGCAAAUUAGAUGAGUUUUGGUGCAGGCGGUCACCUCCUGGCCGUCUGAGACCUAACCAAGUUC